AUGCCUACCAACUUAGAAACCGCGCGCUCAAGCUCAAGCCUCGAUACAUGGCAAAUCGGUAGUCUCCUCUACGACGACGGGCACCGCGAAGCCCGUGCCAGAAUUGCGGCGAUACUAGAGAAGGAACCGCUUUGUAUCAAGUCUAAAAGACCGUUCCUCAACACCUCUCAGCUCCUGCACCUCUCGCUCAAAAUAUCCAAGCGCCUCCUAGUGCUCCGCGACAUCCACUCCUGGACCCCGCAAGAGUUUUUAAUCGCCUGCCUCCUCCAAGAUGAAGGGCUCGUCAUAUCGCUCCACAAUGCUGCCUUCACUCCCGUGAUCCUCGCACAGGGCUCUGACGAGCAGCAGGCGCAAUGGAUUCCCAGAUGCCAGAGCCUCGAGGUUGUUGGCUGCUACGCGCAGACCGAGCUGUCGCAUGGGAACAAUGUGCAGGGCCUCCAAACAACCGCACAGUAUGACCCUGCAACAAAGGAAUUUGUCAUCGACUCUCCAGGGGUGGAAAGCACAAAGUGGUGGAUGGGCGGGCUCGGGAUUCUGGCAAAUCAUGCCGCAGUUAUAGCUCAGCUGGAGUUACCCGAUCCCGAAAGCCCGGGCGGAUAUAAAUCAUACGGGACACACCUAUUCAUUGUUCCGAUUCGGUCACCUACAACCCACAAGCCCCUCCCGGGAAUCACCGUCGGUCUCAUCGGGCCAAAAGCAUUCGGCGGGUUUGGCAUGACUGAUAAUGGUUAUGUCCGCUUCGAUGCUGUCCGCAUUCCUCUCGAGAAUAUGCUAAACCGCUACUCGAAAGUGACCCCGGCGGGCGAAUACAUCCCCGCAAAGCACUCCAAGCUCUCCUAUGGGUCCAUGGUCGCCCUGCGUGCACAAAUCCCACUAAGUGUAUCCUGGUUGCAAGCACGCGCCGUCACAAUCGCAAUCCGGUACUGCGUGCACCGGCGGCAAUUUUCAGAUGGCACGACGGAGCAGGAGCGGCAGGUCAUAUCGUAUGCCUCCGUCCAGCACCGGCUGUAUCCACUACUUGCGCAAGCGUAUGCAAACAUCAUUGCAAGUAGAGAGUUGUUUGAAUUGUACUAUGAAAUGAAUGAGGCUAUCGUGAAGCGUGGCGAUGUUAGCAUGCUGGCGGAGAUGCAUAGUCUCUCCACAGCCAUAAAGUGUAAAGUCAGCUCCGAGUCUUCACGCGGUAUUGAGGAGGCCCGUCUAUGUCUCGGUGGGCAUGGGUUCAGUUACAUGUCUGGAAUUGGACCUCUGUUUGCCAAUGCUGUUCCCUCGCAAACUUACGAAGGUGACAAUUACCUCAUUGCACAACAAACUGCCCGCGCCCUGCUCAAACAUGCAGCAAAGCUACGGAUCGAUAGCAAUUAUAGUCUUCCGUCUAGCAGCCAAUACCUACGUAGUACCCUAUUACCACCUAUAACUUUCACGCUCCUCCGCGCCGCCGCAACCACAAAACAGGACUGGUUUACACCCUCCGUCCAAAUUGCAGCACUCGAGCAUCGCGCUGCCUUCCUAGUUCUCGAUCUCGGCCUCAAGGUUGCCAGCGGUGAAAAAGACUGGUCCAGCUACAGCUGGGACUGCCGGCGCGUGACCGACGCCCACGCUGACGUCUUCAUCACCUCCGCCUUCCAACGGGCCGUGUCCUCACUACCCUCCUCAGCCGAGAAAACGGCAAUAACCCUCCUCGCAGAUAUCAAUGCACUCUCCCGGCUCGUCUCAGGGUUGUCAGAGCUGCUGGAGAGCGGGUUUGUGGACUCUGCACAGAGCAGGCUGCUACGUUCUGCACUUGACGAUGCCGUGACGGCACGCAUGGACGUUGGCACUGCCGUUGCCUUGAGCGAUGCGUUUGCGUUCACGCGGUUUGAUAUGAGCGGGAGUGUGUUGGGGCAGGAUAGGGGCGAUGUAUAUGAAGAGAUGUGGAAGGAUGUGCAGGGGACGGGUAGUGAUGAGGAGUACAGGAUGGGGGCGCUGGAGAUUGUCAACCACCACCGACAACAAGGGAAAUGGGAUGGUCACAAGCCCGCGGCGAAGCUGUAA